AUGGAUUCGCUCCUAAUCUACGGAAGUGUCCAGGGCAACCCCUUAUACAACUGCACCGGCAAAACCCCUGAGCAAUGGACGAGUCUACUUGGAACCCGAAGAACGUUCCUAGGAAUCGCUCUCAUUAUUUUCGGUGUCUUCAUCGAGAUCAUUUAUGUCCCUUGUUUAGGAGCCAUCUAUAAGCGCGGCCUUCUGAAACACUCUUGCUACAAGAUCAUGUUUCUGCUAGGGCUUACAGAUAUGAUUGCCACGUGCGGCUGGGUAAGUUCCUGUGCUCUAACUCUUCUCCUCGUCAUCAACCGUAUUUCUGACAUCCUUGCUCCAACCAUUUCUGAGCUAAUUUUCUCCAAUAACCACACUUGGAUCGUCGCGAUGAUUCCAAUCCUCUACACUUUAUCUGUUAUCACUUUCACCCCUGCAAUCAUUUUCAAUUCCACUGUCAUGGCAUGGAUUGGGGACCCCAUGAUCUAUGAGAAUCGAUCCAAGGAGUACUACAACCCAAUUCAAAACUAUAACAACAUCAUAUUCAUCUCCGGAACUAUUUUCUUCUAUGCCGCUUAUUGUUUCUUCGUGGCUAAGAAACAAAUGGGCUACAAAGUCUCGUCGGGAAGAAAUGUCUUCAUUCAAUCCGCUCUCAUCUGGUGUAUCAAUUGCUCAUCUGCUCUGGUCUACUCAUCAAUGAUGUUCAUAAAACCCAACGAGUAUAUUGUGCUAUUUGGAGAACUGGCUUGGUCACUUGUCCAUGGAUGCCCCGCAAUCGUCUACCUCACCAUGAAUAGAACCAUCCGACAGGAGGUGAUCGGUUGGUUUCGGAAAAAUUCAGCUGUUCGGGAUAGUUAUAAGCACACGUCGGAACAGAGAUCCCGGACAAUCAGUUAA